CAUGUUUGGAACAAAGCCCUUCUUGAUAAGAAAGGCAUUCUCGUCUAAGCGUUCAAUAAAAGAGCACUCGUCUCUGUAUGUACGAUGCUGAGCCAUUGCAGGGCAUGCAACGAAAUAUUUCAGCCCACACGGUCACUACAGACUUGAAAUUUAGGGAUUUAUUUCAACAAAUUUAUUUGAAGCAAGGCUGUGUGAAGCCACGAUUGUUCAGCGGAUGCAUCCAUGAAAUCACGAAUGUCGUUCCAAUCUCUCUCCGAAUGAACAAUCCAUCAUGGCGGACGAAAUGCAACGUUGACUCUAAGCCACAAAGAUUUCAGUUUUCUUGUUGAUGCUGUUGAAAUAACGUCGUGCUCGUUGUAGUGAAAAAGCUCCGAGAUUUAUAUUUGAUAUUUCCUGAAGAAUAUGGCUAUGGCGGAGAAGAAAUCGAAAGGCAAUAAACGAAAAUGGCAGCCUGUUGUGCUGGACGAUCCCUCAUUCUUUGCGAGUGACAUGGAGGGAUUUGUCUCUCUUGAAGUGAUGGAGGACUAUAACUUGGAAGAACUUAGAGGGAUUGAUGUUGAAGUUCCAAGCCGUAAGAAAAAGGCGAAAAGUCGGCCAUCAGUGAAGGGUGAUCAGGAAAAAUCUGAUGCUACACCUUUGCCAAAAUCAGAAGAAAAGAAAAAGAAGGCUUCUCAGCUGAAAAAGAAAAAGAAGAAGAAGACAAAGAAAGCUGAAAAUAAAGACAAACCAGGACAGCAAGAAGAAACUUCAGUUGAUGAUGGAAUUUUGGGUGAUUCUCAAGAAACUAUGGCAGAUACAAGUGCCUGGGAAGUCCUUGGAGUCCCAACAGAAGUACAAAGAGCUCUUAGUGAUCAAGGAUUCACCAGCCCCACACCUAUACAGACACUAUCCCUGCCACCAGCAAUAUUUCAUCACCAAGACAUCAUUGGGGCUGCAGAAACAGGAUCAGGAAAAACCUUAGCUUUUGGCCUUCCGAUUCUCCACCACAUCCUGCAACGUAAGGCGAGCCAAGAAACAGAAGGGACAAGUAACAAUGGAAGAAAAGACAUUGCAAAGACAUCCACCCCUGUGGCUGGUAACAGUACAGCUUCUAGUGAUGAGAUUAGAAAACCACUGCUGGGUUUGAUUAUGACACCAACAAGGGAGUUGGCCCUGCAAAUAAGGAAUCACCUUCAACAGGCUGCAAAGCACACCUCUUUAGAGAUUGUAGCCGUGGUCGGUGGAAUGGCACCUCAGAAACAACAGAGGCUACUACGAAAGUGUCCUGAAAUAAUUGUGGCAACUCCUGGAAGAUUAUGGGACCUGAUUUCAGAGGGUGAAGAGCAUGUGAGCCGGUUGGAGGACUUGAGGUACCUUGUGAUUGAUGAGGCCGACAGGAUGGUAGAACAGGGACAUUUUCAAGAGCUGUCCUCAAUUUUGGAUCUCAUCCAUAGGCCAAGGCAAAAAAAAAGAACUCUGCAAAAGUUUAUCUUCUCCGCGACUUUGACUCUUCCUAAAUCAUUCAAAAGAAAAGGAAAAGAGAAGAAGAUUUCCAAAGGAGAAGCUCUAGUGUCGCUAAUGGACAAAGUCAGACUGCACAAGACUAGCUGCAAAGUCAUUGAUGUCACCAAUAAAAGAGGAACAGUGGAGACCCUGACAGAGACAAAGAUUUCAUGUUCACUUGAUGAAAAGGACUUGUAUCUUUACUAUUUCCUAUCGCGGUACCCAGGCCGCACGUUGGUGUUCUCCAACACGGUUGACUGCCUGAGGAGACUGGGCUCCUUAUUUCGACUACUGGACUUUGACCCGUGGGUUCUUCACGCCAGUAUGCAGCAAAGACAGAGAUUAAAGAACCUGGAUAGAUUUAAGUCAAGUUCAAGUGGUUUACUUCUUGCUACAGAUGUGGCCGCGCGAGGUCUGGACAUCCCUGCAGUUGAGCACGUGAUUCACUAUCAAGUCCCAAAGGAUCCUGACCUUUACAUUCACCGUAGCGGAAGGACAGCCAGAGCAAGCAGGGAAGGUCUGAGUGUUGUGUUCGUCGGUCCAGAAGAACUGGGAUCUUACAAGAAAAUCAUGAAGACACUUAACGGAGGAAACGACCUCGACUCCUUCCCUGUCGACAUAACUUAUAUGUCUUCCAUAAGAAAAAGAAUCUCUCUCGCCAAACAAAUUGAUAAGGACGAACACAAAUUCAAACGCAAGAAGUCGAGCAAUGACUGGAUUCUUGCCUCCGCCAAAGCUAUGGACAUUGAAGUCGACGAAGAUUUGUUGGAAGAUCUGGGAGGCGUGAGAGAAAAGCAAGCGAGACAAGGAAAGCUCAAACAAAUGAAAGCGGAACUUUCUGGGUUGUUAAAGACUCCGCUAAUUCCUGUUGGUUUCAGCGGAAAGUACCCAACAAAAACUGGAGCUCUGAUAAUGCCUGGGAUUAGAGCCGAAACAAAUUGCGACGAAAACGUAAAAGUUGCCGUUGAAGACGUCAAAAGGAAAAGAAAGAAAAAGAAAGCUAAAACUUGACAGGAGGCUGUCAUUUAGUGAGCCAGGAUUGAAUUUACGGACGUUAAAAAGGAAAUACACCUAGACAAGUGCAGGACAAGGGCGUGGUUUAUUGGUCGUAGGACAGGAAGGAAAAGAGUUCAAGUCAUAAUCGAAGAGCAAAUGAUAAAUAGAACAUCCUGUAAACGACGAAGACAAGAAACUAAAUGUUACAAAAAACAACUGCGUACGAAUUAACCAAGUAGUAUUUACUGUA